AUGCAUAAGCACUUUGAAGAUUCGUUAAGGAACCCAGCUGCGGCGCCGCCGGUGCAGGACACGUUCGACCCAAACACCCGAAAACGAUCUCAGGAGCCAAUAUUCUGCGAAAUUCGCGUCGCUCACAUCGCCGGCCGACAGGAUCUUGUCACAAUCAACCCAGAGACAAUAUAUUUCCGUCCAAGCAAUUGUUUUGUUUCGCCACAAUCUCCACUGAAUUGGACUUUCCUCGUUCAGCAAGUUAAUGUCAUUUUCAGCUCAGGGUUGGGCAGGAGUACAUACAUACAUACAUACUUCUCUUUGGUUACACCUGGAUGGACACGCGGUCGACCCAAAAUUCCAUUACUCCUCAUCUCUAGCAGGCAGGUUGCUGUACCGUCUAUACCUACCAACUGUAUUGGAUAG